AUGCCACCUUUAGUAAUCAUAACACUAUCAAUAUGUGCAGCUCUGUUAAUCUCACCUUCAUUAUCCCUCACCUGCACCUCACAGAAAUUUACAAACGAGAAAACUUUCCCAGACUGCAUGGAUCUCCCACAACUGGACGCCUCCCUGCAUUAUUCAUACAAUUCUUCUAAUUCCUCCCUCUCAAUCGCCUACGUGGCAGCUCCUGCCAAGCCAGACGGCUGGGUCGCAUGGGCCAUCAACCCAACUUCCACAGGCAUGGUGGGUGCACAGGCGUUGCUAGCAUUCAAAUCCAAUGGUGCACCAGCGGUUAAGACCUACCCCAUUUCUGCAUAUGGACCCAUCAGGGAAGGCAAGCUCUCGUUUGAUGUGUGGGAUUUGAGUGCUGAGUCUGUGGAUAAUAAGAUAGCGUUAUUUGCUUCGAUGAAGUUGGAUGACAAGGUAAAUAAAGUGAACCAAGUUUGGCAAGUUGGCCCUGGUGUUGCCGGCGGCGUUCCUCUCUCACAUGACAUGGAUGAAGCUAAUACGAAGGCCACUGGAGUUUUAACAUUGGUUGGUGCUGGAGGUCCGGCUUCCACACCCUCAUCAACACCUGCUGAAUCAACUCCUGAUUCCCCACCCUCAACAACUGCUUCAUCAACUACUGAUGCAUCAACUCUUCCUCCUUCGCCUGAGAAGUCUGAAGGUUCGGCGAUUGAGAAGUUGAGCGGAUUAAUAAUUGUUAUGCUUGGCUGUUUCAUUGGAUUAAAAUCGUAA